GAUGUUGACCUAAAAGCAUGCCAAGAAGCUUUGGAUGACUGCUGUCCACACCAAGGAGAUGGUCAGCUGGAACUGCAAGAGGAGGAAGAAGACAUAAAUCAAGUAAAUGAUGAGAAAAAUGGAAGGGAAAAGUGUGAGGAGGAAAGCAACCGCAACCAUGUAGAUUCUCUUCUUUCCUUAGAGAACUAUUUACAGCUUCUAUCAUCGCAGAUGGAAAACAUGCUAGAGGGCUUAAUUGAAAAUACUAGCUCUAUCUCACAGACUACAGGUCUAGUACAAGAUAACUCCCUAGAAGGAAUAAGACAAGACUUUCUUCUGUUACCUGAGCUUCCAGUAACCACAGAGAACUUGAGAUGUUCUGGUAGUAGUAGAUCACUUCCCUGUGGAAAGUGCUUUUUACGUUGUUCAGUGAGUUCACUGGAAGAUAUACAAGUUGCUACUUCUAACAGAGGUCGAGACCCAUCAUCCUCACACCACAAUAUAAGUCUGACCCAUACACUUCACCACUGUUUCAGUCCUCAUGAUGCCACGCUACUAAGAACAGACUACUCCACUCAAUCAAGUUCAGAAACAAGACAUUUACAAAGGCAAGAACAUUUUUCUCAGUUAAGUUCUAAUAUUACAAAUCCAGAGUCACUUCAUGGGUCAAACUUGACAGCGUUGUUUUCAGCUGCUGACAUUAGAAACCUAAUGGCCCAUGAGGAUAAUUUUGAUGAAAUUAAACUCAUGUCUUUGGCUUUGGAGAACGGCUUUGAUACUAUAGAAGUUUCUCAGCUCUUUGAAGAACCUGGCUCAGAUUCGGGACUGUCUUUGAAUCCAAGUCACAGCACAGUCUCUUACUUAGUCAGCAGUGAAGGUGCUGUUGAGUACAGUAAUGGUGUGAAAUCUGCUUCCUCACAGGGGUUAGGGACUCUUGGAGGCCAUUGCCAAGAACACACUAAUUAUGGUCAUGUGGAAUAUCCAGGUGAUACAGAGUGUUCUAGAGAAACCACACUUCAGCAGUUUCUUCAUAACUACACUUAUAAUCAGCUGCCAAGUCAAGCAGCACCCACUCCAGCGUAUCAACAGAUGUGGAUGAAGAAUCCCAAUGAAGUAAAGGAUAGGUGCCAUAAUUCUACUGAUACAAACCUUAGCAGUGAUGAACAUCGCGCAAAAGCUUUGAGACUACCAUUUUCAGUUGAUGAAAUUGUGAGCAUGCCUGUCGACUCUUUCAACACCAUGAUCACAAAGAACCAUCUGACAGAUACUCAGGUAUCACUUCUUCGUGACAUCAGACGGAGAGGAAAAAACAAGGUCGCUGCCCAAAAUUGCCGUAAACGCAAACUGAAUGCAAUUCUUAACUUGGAAGAAGACGUGUGUAAUCUUCAAACACAAAAGGAGAGCCUUAAAAAGGAGCACUCUCAGUGUAGCAGAUCAAUCAGUCAGAUGAAGCAAAAGUUAAACAACUUGUACCAUGACAUCUUCAGUAGGUUGAAGGAUGACCAGGGUAGACCUUUUAACCCAUGCCAGUAUGUCAUUCAUUGCAGUAGCGAUGGCAGUGUUUUUGUAAUACCCAAACACUUGGUCAAAUCUGAGCAGAAACAAGAUAAUGAAAAAGAGCAGAAACAAAAAGAUGGCUAA